AUGAAAGUGUAAUAUCGAAAAUUCUUGAGGAAGAUUACUAUCAUUUUAAUUUUCGUUGCAAAUAUUACUUAGAGCAUAUGGUGGAUAUAUUUAUCAAUAAGUUUGAUAAAACCAUUAAACUAUUAGCUAUGUAUUUUACAGGCUAUUUGUUUAAUAGCAAGGAUAUGCUAAUAUAUAUUAAUAAGAAAAAGCUUGGGACUUAUCUAUUUAGUACAUGUAGUUUCUCUUUUAUAUUAUACACUUUAUAUAGAAUCAUUUCUACUUUUAUAAUAUCAUUAGACCCUAUUCAUAAUUACAAAUUGUCUAAUAAUGACACUGAGUUAUAUAGAAUAUGAAAAGAUUGCAGUUCAAAAAUAUAGUCUAAUUUGUAAGUUAGGACUUCCCAUUUAUUUUAUGAUUCGAAUAAUUUUAUUUAUAAAAAGUUAAUUUAACCAUCAAAUGAUAGAAAGUUUGGUAAUUAUAUUUAUUGUGUUUGUUCACUAAUUACUUACUUAAUAUUUGAAUUUUAAUAAAAAUUUAUAUCUUAAAAAUUCUAAAUAAGAAUAAUAAAAAGAAAGAAAUAAUGAUAAAGAAACUCCAGCUAUUGCUUAAAAUAAUAUCAUGUAAUCUCUUUUAAGAUCAUAAAGCAGAAUAACUCUUCUUUAAUCAUCUAAAAAACGUUUUACUAUUUAAUUAAAAGAAUUACCAGAGGGAUAAAAAUUAAAACGAUAUUCAAAUUUUACAAGUUUUUCAAAAUCUUAAAAAAAUGUUAAAUGUAGUGGAAGUUCUUAAUAUUCAAUGUUAUAAUUAUAUUAAAAUCUAAUUAAUUUAUUUCCAUAUGGAAUAUUGAUAUUAAAUUAGUCUUAAUAAAUCAGUUAUAUUAAUAAUAAGUGUGAAAAGAUAUUAGAAUGUUAAGGAGCUGAAUAAGUAUUAGAAAAUGUGAAAAUAUGUGUCAAUAGUGCAAAAAUGUAAGAAAAUGCUAGUGAAACAUCAAAUAAGUAAUCAAAAAAAUUAAAUCAUUAUCAUUUACUAUAGUAAGUAGUAAGAAAGCUUUAAAUAAAUAAUCUAUCUGUUGAUAUUUUGGAUAUAAUUCUUUAGCCUUUGAAAUAUUCUGGUAUAUUAGGGCAAGAUGAAAUUGAACUUUUCAAAAAUUUUUAGUAAUCAAUUCAUCAAUAAGUUUUUAUUUAUGAAUGGCUUAUUAAAUCAGAUUAAAUAACAUCUAACUUUUAAAAGAAAUUGAAAUUAAUAUUAAUUCCUACUUCAAUGACUAAUUAAUAAUAAGAAUACAUUUCAGCAUCUUCUCAAAUAAAAUCAUCUAGUAAAAUUCAUUCAUCAAAUCAUAAGAGCGAUUCUGAGAAUCCUGUUUUAUUAAUAAUAAUCAAGAAUAUUACAAAUAAAUAUUAAUGUCAAUAAAUGAGAGAUGAAUAAAUUAUUCAUCAUAGUUUAAUCAAGUCUUUUUCACAUGAAUUAAGAACUCCUUUGAAUAGUUGUUAUUAAAUGUUGAAUCUUAUGAAAUAGCAAUAAAAUUCAAAUACAUUAUAAGAAUAAAUUGAUAUUGCAUAAUGUUCAAUUACAUUGUUAAUUCAUUAAAUAAAUGAUAUAUUAGAUUAUGCUGCAAUAUAAUCUUUUUGUUUUACUUAUAAUAUAACAAAUUUCCCAAUUCGUUAAAUUAUUGAGGAAAUAGAAAACUUAUAUGUAUUAUAGACUUCAUUAAAGAAUAUUCAUUUCAAAAUUUAAAUUUCAGAUAAUUUGAAAGAGAGGAUCCUUUGUAAUGAUAAAUAGAGAAUAAUUUAGUUAUUAGUAAAUUUACUAAACAACUCAAUCAAAUUUACUCCUUAAGGAGGCAGUAUUUGUUUAAAUAUAAUUGAAGCUGAUAAAUUCUAUAUAAAUUUUUAAAUAAAAGACAAUGGAAUUGGAAUAGAUAAAAAUAAACUUACUUAAAUUUAAAAUAAUUUACAUAAUACAAUAGAAUUUGGAGCUGUAUUAAAAUCUCAUUCAGGAAUUAAGCAACCAGGAUUAGGAUUAAUUAUUGCAGCUAAACUAAUAGAAGGUUUAAUUGAAUCUAAAGAUAAUAAGUUAAUAAUUAAUUCAAAUAGAAAUUCAGGUACAUUAGUUUAGUUUUAAGUUGAAGACUGGUAAUAGAAGAAUUAAUUUUCUUCUCAUUUACCAAUUAAAUAAUAAAGUGAAAAAUUAAAUUAAUUAGUAAAUCAAUCUGAAUAUAUUGAAAAUAAUACAAUUAUGCAUGAAUAAAUUCAAAAUUCAAAAAAUCAAAAUGAUAGUAAUUUAUAAUCUAUAAAAUCUGAAUCUCUUUAUACUCCAAAACUAAAUGAUUCUGGAAAAUAACCUCAAAUUUCCUUACCAAUAAGUCCAGACUAUUUUUCAAAAAAGACCAUUAAUUAUUACAAUGAUCUUCAAAAUGUAUUUCAAUCUGAUUCAUCUAAUAAAUUAAAUUCGUCUUGUUCAUAAUGCAUUAAUAUACUUAUUGUAGAUGAUAUACCAUUUAAUUAAAUAGCAUUAAAAAUGAUCUUAAAGAAAUAUUAAAUUGAAGUUGAUUCAGCAUUUGAUGGAUUUUAAGCUAUAGAAAAAGUCAAACAAAAAAUGUCAUAACAUUGUCCAAACUAUAAAUUAAUUUUAAUGGAUAUUGAAAUGCCAGGAAUGGAUGGUUUUCAGGCUAGCAAACAAGUAAAAAAUUAUAAUUAUAAUUUUAGAUAAUUGAAUUAACUUCAAAUUAGGCUUUUAUUGUGAUUUGUUCGGCAUAUGAUACUUAAGAAAAUAUAUAAUAGGGAAAAAAUUUAGGAAUUAACACAUUUCUAACUAAACCAGUAAAAUAAGAUGAACUGAGUGUAUUACUUAGUACUGUAUUUCUAAUCGAUUAUAAUUCAAAUACUCUUUAAUAAGAGUAGAAUUUAAACAAAGAAUGA